AUGUCAAACACCGCUUCAUUAACAUCCGACAUGAACGUACAAAAGGCAACAUAUGCCAAAUACAAAAAUGUAGUGAAAUUGAUAGAUUCAGACCCAAAGGGGAGGGGAAGGUAUGUGUUUGAGGCUAACAAGUUAUCCCUGUUGGCCAGCAUUGAAGAAGCCUUUCCCUCUCUAGAUUUCCAGAAUGGCAAUGCCCCAGGAGAUCUUUGCCCACAGGUAUUUGAAGUGACCUUAGUCCCACAACCUGGAGGGAUAACUCGAGCCUGGUGUAACGGUACUGGAAACACGACGACUAAGUCGCAGGUUGGGUCGAACUCGAUGGAUGUCUCAAUAAUUAUAGAGCUUACGAGUGGUCUCGUACGUGGAAAUCUAGGGGCUCUGGUGCUAAAGAAUCGUGUCUCCUCUGCAAUCGAUGUAGCCAAAGAAUGA